AUGCGUCAUUGCCCAGGAAAGUUGUACGGUGAUAUAUGGGUGCCAACAGGAAUGACGGAAUUCACUCCAUUCUUUAUGGGCAUUGCUGGAAUGUGUCCAUGGCAUCAGUGCAUGAAAGGCAGGCAGUUCAUUCUUGGAGCGUUUUAUGUCGUAUCCUACGACGACGAAAAGUUCCAAUACGUUGAUAUAACGACCCAGAUUGGACGAUUUGAAGGACAAACGUAA